CGGUGGGUCCGUGAGACGAGCCUCUUAUUUCUUCCCCAGAUUCCCAACCGGCAUGUCCCUGAUCCCGCGCGCUGCUCCGGCGGCGAGCAUGGCGUUCGCCGGACGGGACCCCGCUGUCAUCCCCCUCCUCAAGAUGCUACCGCUGCUCGGUCUCCUCGCCAUCUCCUCGGCCGCAGAGCCCCCGGCGGCGUCGUCUCCCUCCGCCGUGCACAACAACAACUGGGCCGUGCUCGUCUGUACCUCCCGCUUCUGGUUUAAUUAUAGACAUAUGGCCAACACGCUGUCUUUGUACAGGACUGUUAAGAGAUUAGGAAUACCUGACGAGAGGAUAAUACUUAUGUUGGCUGAUGAUAUGGCUUGUAAUCCUCGGAACAAUUAUCCUGCCCAAGUGUUCAACAAUGAGAACCACCAGAUUAAUCUUUAUGGUGACAAUGUUGAGGUUGAUUACCGAGGUUAUGAGGUUACAGUUGAAAACUUUUUGCGAGUUUUGACUGGAAGACAUGAGAGCGCUGUACCAAGAUCAAAGCGUCUCUUAAGUGAUGAAGGAAGCCAUAUUCUUUUGUACAUGACUGGACAUGGUGGGGAUGAAUUUUUGAAGUUCCAAGAUAACGAAGAACUUCAGAGCCAUGAUUUAGCAGAUGCAGUAAAGCAAAUGAAGAAGCAUAGAUUUAAAGAGUUGUUGAUAAUGGUAGAUACCUGCCAGGCUGCUACUCUUUUUUCACAGCUUCAAUCACCUGGUGUUUUGGCGAUUGGUAGCAGCAUGAAGGGGGAAAACUCUUACUCUCACCAUCUCGACUCAGACAUUGGUGUUUCUGUUGUGGAUAGAUUUACCUUCCAUACACUUGCUUUCUUUGAGAAGCUGAACAUGUAUAGCAAUGCUUCAUUGAACAGUCUUUUCAACUCAUACGACCCUUCUAUGCUGCUGUCUACUGCAUAUUAUCGAAUGGAUCUUUACAAGCGUGCAUUAAACGAGGUCCCAGUGACAAAUUUCUUUGGAUCAGUCAUGAAGACUAUCCACACUGAUUCAGCCUACACAGGCUUUCUAGCUGCACAUGACGCGGAACUCCCCUUUUCUGUCGGAAAUAAUAUACUUGAUCAUGUCAUGUUGCAGAAUGAGGCUAGUGCAAGAAGAUCGAACAUAGAAGAGAUGAAUGAGGCACAAUUAACGUCCCAUGGAUGGACAGAGGUCCUGCUAGAGCAGCUGGAAGGCAAAAAUUCUGAUGUUGUUGUGAUGUAUUGUCUGGGAACUAUGGGCAUAUUGCUGGCAAUUUCAACCUGGCUAUCAAUGUAGGAACUCUGAAGUGUGCUCUUAACACAUCUUCUUGCAGAAAACUUGGUCAUACUAACUUUCACAGGAUGGGACCAAGAAGAACGAAAAUAAGAGAGAUACUUUGGAGGUCAACGUUCUGUAUUUCCUUUUUACGUAAUCAUAGCAUCCAUUCAUUUUGGAACAUAAUUGUUGUAUGUAGUUUUCGCAUGGUACCCUCUACUUUUUGGAUACGUAGCUCGAUAUGUUUCGUAGUCAUUUUUAUGCAUCUGUGCUCCUGCAUCACAUAUUGUACCUGUCAGAUUAUCUCAUUGCUACUUGAAAAGAUUUCCAUGUAGCAUAGCAUCUGGAGUUUGAUCAUCCCAGCUAGAUCUGGAUAUCAAUAUGUACUCCAAACUCAAAUGUUGAGUGUUCUUUUAGUCCAAGAUAAUACACUUCAUUCGGUCUGGAAUGUUCAGCACUUGACAGGUCGUCUUUUAUUUGGACUAGAUAUAUCACAAUAUUUACUCCAUUUACCACCUACAAUUUUCAGUUUUAAAAAAACUCCAUUACCUCCCUAUGCAGUCCAUUGUAUCUUAUAACGACUUUUGCCUUGAUGCCUGCUUAUGUGCUACAAGAGGUUACUUAAGGUCAAACGUGUAUCCAUAUGAAGAUA